CCAGCGAUGAUUGGAUGCUCUUUUGUUGUGAACCGGAAGUUCUUCGGAGAAAUUGGCCUCCUCGAUCCAGGGAUGGAUGUCUAUGGUGGAGAGAACAUUGAGCUCGGGAUCAAGGUCUGGCUCUGCGGAGGGAGCAUGGAGGUACUUCCCUGCUCUCGAGUCGCCCACAUUGAGCGCAAGAAGAAGCCCUACAACAACAACAUUGGCUUCUACACCAAGAGGAAUGCGUUGCGGGUGGCCGAGGUGUGGAUGGACGGCUACAAAUCCCAUGUCUACAUCGCUUGGAACUUGCCCUUGGAAAAUCCAGGCAUUGAUAUCGGGGAUGUCUCUGAGCGAAAAGCACUCAGGAGAAGCUUGAAGUGUAAGAAUUUCCAGUGGUAUUUGGAUAAUGUCUACCCAGAGAUGCGAAGAUACAAUAACACCAUUGCAUAUGGAGAGCUUCGCAACAACAAAGUGAAGGACGUCUGCCUUGAUCAAGGACCGCAAGAGAACCGCACUGCGAUCCUCUAUCCAUGCCAUGGAUGGGGGCCACAGCUUGCCCGCUACACCAAAGAAGGCUUCCUUCAUCUGGGUGCUCUCGGGACCACAAUACUCCUGCCUGAUACCCGCUGCCUGGUGGAUAAUAUGAAGAGUCGGUUUCCCCAGCUCCUCGACUGUGAGAAAGUUAAAAGCAGUCUCCAUAAGCGCUGGAAUUUUAUACAGAACGGCGCAAUUUUAAAUAAAGGAACGGGGCGCUGCUUGGAAGUGGAGAAUAAAGGCAUGUCGGGCAUGGAACUUGUUCUCCGCAGCUGCACGGGACAGAGGUGGGCAAUAAAGAACUUCAUCAAGUAGGCCCUUCACCCUCGACUCAAGAACUCUUAAGGCCACGAUUUCGGAAAGCUAGACAUUUGAAACAACUCCUCUGUUCUAUUCACAACGUCAGGGAAUCUUAAGGGGAGAGGAGAUUUCGUUCUUUGUUUUCCUUUUAUUUAUUGAAACUUUCUCUCCGCUGGAUGAAAAUGUUCUGGACCUGCAGGUCAGCACGCGAGUGGCAUUUCCACAGAGAUGUCCAGAGACUGAAGUUGUAAACUGGAAGUGAUUUCUCAGCUUUGUAAACCGCCCAGAGAUGGACGUUUGGGCAGUCUACAAAUUUGAUGAGUAAAUAAAUAAUAAGACACUUGUAGACCUUUCCCAUUGCCUCCCCGCAAAUGAAGACCCAGCAAAACGUACAGAAGAAAGGAGACCAUGGAUUUUAUUUUAUUUUUUUAGAAACCCACACAUAUCUGGCAGGCGAGAUAACAUACUAACGUCCAUCAUCCUCACUGCAGAAGGAGCACUUCUGUCGUCCCCUCUAUCCGGGGCAAUGAGACUGGCGGACUUCUGAAGGCACAUGCAAAAUGAUUUCUUCAUUCAGGCACCUUGUGGGGUCAUCUGCAGAAUAACCACCCCACAAAAACCAUAAUGUCCAGCACGAUCACCAACUCCACACACACACACCCCACACACACACCUAUGCCACCGCCUUUGGCAUUUCAUCCAGCCGCUAAUCUGGAAAGAGAAAGUGCAUGAUGCUACAUGAAUGUGUUGAGGAUCAAUCGGGGGAAGGAGCACCGUAACAACGUUUUCUUCCACCCAAUACUGAUGCGAUGGGAUGGCUUUUGUGGUCGGCGUGGUUUUUAAAGUGCAACCCUCAGAAUGACUGUUUCAAACCAGAAAACCCUCAUGUAACCUUGUGCAAUUGUGCUUUAGAGACAAGAAGAUGCACUCUCUCUCUCCCGGGCCAGAAAUGGCUGUUGUGUUUGCCUUUCCCCACCCCACCACCCCUGACAUUUGUGGACAGUCUUGUCUUCUGAAACCAUUAGAUAGCGAAAAGGAGAGGAUGUUCUUGACCGUUUGGUUCAUGGAAGUGGGCCCAAGAGUGGGAAACUAAUAAUAAUAAUAAUAAUAAUAAUAAUAAUAAUAAUAAUAAUAGAAGAAAAAGAAAUAGGGGAAAAAAUACAAAGAUCUACAAAUGGAAACUGAAAGGCUGUGGCAGAAGAAGACCAAAAUAAUCCCAGUAGUAAUUGGCACCCUAGGUGCAAGCACCUCAACACCGCAGGGGCCACAGAAAUCACCAUCAUCCAAUUAUAAAAAGCAACUUUACUGGGAACAGCCUACAUUCUGCAGCAAUAUCUAUAAUAAUAAUAAUAACAACAAUAUUAAUCAUAAAAUUCAGCCAUCCCAGGUCCUUUGGAAGGACUUGAUGUCAGGAUAAAACAAACCAGUCAAUAACACCUGUCUGACUGUGUAAACAAGAAAUAAUAAUAAUACAAGUUUAUCUGUUAGCUGCACCAUAGCAAAUUGUUCUCUGGGUGAAACAGAUAAAACGCAUCCAAUCACGGAUAAAAACAGACAAAACGCAUCCAAUCACAGAUAAAAACAGGUAAAAUGCAUGCAACCACAACACCCCCCCAAAAAAAUACAAAAUAUAGUACAAAACCAUUUAAAAUCUUGGUUUCUGAAGUCAAUUUAUCAUUGACUUAAUCUUCCAAGGGGUGGUUGCAUGUGGUCGCCCCAUAAAACUGAGGGGCAGUAACGAUUUUGACAGACAAGAGGGGGUAUUUCUUCACACAAUAUUUAAUGUGUGGGAUUCACUGUGAUGCUCAUUACCUUUUACGGCUUCAAAAAGGGAUUUGGCCAAGUCAAGGAGGGGCUGUCCGGGAUGGGGGGGGGCUCUCCCUUCUGGAACUACCACCUAUGGUGGUAAAGUGGAAUUGUUGAGGGGAACAGCUGAGCUCAUGCUUUUGGGUGCAGAAGGUCCAAGUAGCUAUCCUUGGUCUCUCCAGUUAAAAAGAUCUCAAGCUGGUUGAGACAAGUCUGAGACUCUGGAACACGGCUGCCGGUCAGAGUAGGCAAUGCUGAACUCGAUGGAUCAAGGGUCUGACUCAGUCGAUGGCAGCUGCCUGCUCAUGAGCUCUGUAUGUCACUGACUACCAGUCUGUGGCAACCACUGCUUGGGGACAGGGAGGGGAGACUGCUGUUGGAAGGGUCUGCCUUGUGAUGAUGGGGAAACAGGAUAAGAUGGACCUUGGGGCUGACCCAUCGAUGCUCUCCUGACGCUCACAUGUAUGCACUUUCAUUUUGGCUAUGUUUUAUGGACUUGGGGCCCAUUACGAGGAGUCCUAUUGGAAGCCAAAGCUUUCCUCAGCCAGCGAGCUCACGAGGUGACCUUGGGGUGGUCACUCUUCCUCCGCCUGAGUGCGGUAGGCCCAUGGAUUCUGCACAGAUUUCCCUAGACAAAGGGUAAAGUACAAAUGUAAGGGAUAACCAGGCAGCCCCCUUGAGCUGAAUGAGACAUCCUGAUCUUUUCUUGAAGGGAAAGGUCUGAUCCAGCACCAGAGGUCAAAGGCGGGCCCCCCGAUCCAAAGCUACAUUCGGAUUUUGAUUCUCUUCCCACCCCCACCCGCCACACACAGGCACCUUGGAACAGGUUCACUCCAGUUUUUAAAGACUUUCCAGUUUAAAAAGUGAGAGGCCAGAGGCCAGCCCAGAUAACGUGAACUAGUUACACGAUUAUUUGGAUCAUGCCCGUGGCAUUGAUUCCACGUGGUUAAAUUCUAGUUCUGUUCAGCAAGGGAUGCAAACUCCAUCACCUUUCCUCAUGCAGUAACUUCCUGGUGGCCCUUAGAUUGGAAAAUAUAAACAGUAAGGAAGCCUCCAGAAUUGCCCUCAUCCAAACACCCCAGAUGUUGGAAGCAAGGACUUUAUUAUAUAUAUAAUGGCUGCCCUAUCGCCCAACUCCAUUUGCACUGUGGUUGCACGGUGCAACUGUGAAGCCUAUGUUCCACUGCAUGCGUGGAACACACAACUAUGUUCCAUUCCAGCUAUUCCCAUUCCAUUCAAUUCCACUCUGUUCCCAUUCCCAUGCCAUACCCAAUUCUGUUCUCAUUCCCAUUCUGUUCCCUUUUUUGUUCCCACCCGACUAUUUCCCAUUCCACCCACUUAUGCUCUAGUCCAACUCUUCCCAUUCCUACCCAACUCUUCCCAUUCCCAUUCCAUUUCUUUUUCUAUUCCCACACAGCAACAGUCAUCCCUCACCAACCGCAAGGAAGGAGGUGGAAUAAUGAGGAGUCGAGCAGAUGGAACCUCUGGAAACCCCCCCCCCCAUCACUUACCAACCGUGGGUACCUGGGUCUCAGUUGGCGAGGCUGGACACAAUUUCCCACUCACAGAGAAUCAGAACUGCGGUUUGUAAAACCACGGUUGGCAAGGGAUGACUGUAUUUCUAAUAGGGUGUGUGCAUGAACGUCUCGUGCUGAACCAGUUCACCUCGAACCAGCGCCGGUUCGGACGAAUCAAUUCGGCACAGUUGGGGCAGCCCGGCGGGGGCAGCGAGAAAACCAAUAAGCUGCUUACCCAGCCAGCCUGGCUGCCAGCACCACCACUCACUGCCACUCGCCCCACCAGCACGGCCUCAACCAGUGCACUCCCCCCUCUUUUACCAAGCUGCGGGCUCGGUAGUGACUCGGUUCCAGCCUCCACGCAUUUCAUUCCUUUUUCUAUUUCCACCCAACCAUGUCCCACUGCAUGCGUAAUAUUGCACAGUAUGUCAAGAAACUGUGUGUCUGGGGUGAUGGUGGUGGCCUCGGAUGAAAAUUCUGCCCACCCCCCCGGCCUCUUCUCAGAAAGGCCCCGAGGGGAUGUUCAAAUAAUCUGGCCUAGUUUCCAAAGUGGAACAGAUGCAUUAGACAUUUUCUAUUGUCCUUACACACACACACACACACAAAAUUUUGUAGCUUCCCAUUGCUUCAUUCAUAACUUCCCACCCCACUCCAUUAAGAACGCGUUCAUGUAUGCUGACAAAUCGUUGUGUGUGUUGUCUGUGUGUGUGAUCCUGAUGUGAUUAUAAGCAUGAUUUCAUGAGGAAUCAUUUUCUCCUCCUUUCUGAAGGGAACUUAGACCUGCCUGCUUUGUUUUUUUGAAAGGUUAGGUGGCUUAGUCAUUAGAGUAUUUUUUAAAAGACUCUUUUGCAGCCAUACUCCCAUAAAACCAAGGUUCACGGCACAUGGUCUGGGGUUGUAGAGGACUCCACCACGGCCCAUUCCUGAGUAUCAGUCACAUUUCAAAAGUGUCGUCCUUUUGAAACCCAUGUGGGGACAGUUGGAUCUAAACCAAAUUCACAGCACGUGGGGGACCACAGAAAUGGCACCCUGUCAAAAGAGGCUGGAAGUAGGCUCUUCUUCUUAGAACUAUUAGCUGUGUUCAAAGUUGUACUAACGCACAUUCUUUGCAUGGAUGAAACACAGACACCCCUAGGGUGGACUUGCUUGGAUUUCCCGUCCCCAACAUCGGCUGGAUUUGGGCCCAGAUGGGGAGGAGCUCACAGUGUUCCAACAUGUCCUUGGAAGAUGAGCAGCUCCGCCCCUGCCCUCCACCCCCUGGCUGGCCGCCUCCUACCUGCUUCAGGCCUGCCUCCACUGCCCCUGACUCCGCCUCCACCCAUCUCUCCUUGUGAGCCCUUCCUGUUCCAAGGCCAGUUCAGCAAUGGGGGCACCAGAAUUCUUUCCCGGCUCCGAUUAAAAUCCAUUGCAGUCACACAGACCCCGGAGCUUUUCCACGCAGGGCUUUUAGUCCACAUCUCCCCCAGAAUAGAUGGGGUACGUUCACAUAUCGGCCAGAAUUACCCAAAGUCCCUGCACGCUCUCGGGGAGCACUUCACACACGAUCCGGGUUUUUCAUUGUGCGUUAGAGUGCAGCCCGAUUUAUAUCCGGGGUGAAAUAUCCACGUUUUGCAUCAGGUUUGUUUUUUUUUUGAAACUUUGAACUCGCAAUAAAGCAUCGUGUUAAAGCCUGCUAUCUGAUAAUGCUACUGGCAAAAAUGACAGUCCAUAAUGGCCUCGGGGUCAUUUUCCUGAACCGCACUAGCAGCCGGCCAGAAACGGACGUCCGAGAUCAGUUCUCCUGUCUCCCCUCCUCCAGCCCUGAGUUUGCUGCUGGCUGGCCAGUGUUAAAAGGAAGGAGGAGUGGAGAAAGAGGAACAUGUCUGGGGUGGAGCAGGGGGCAAACUUGAAUUUGCUCCGAAAAAUGUGCGAGCCCUUUCCAGGUCAUCUGGAAACUAGGCCACUCGUUCUGGGGCUCAGUCAAAGGGCAGGACAGCAGGUUUGCCCAGGUUUACAGGGAAUCACUCCCUUGCGAAGGUUUCAGCAUGACCUUUCCCCCAGUCCCAGAAUUGUGGCACCCUGGACCUUUGCCUCCCUGGUUCCCCUCCAUCCCAAAGCCUUAGGUAUGCAGAUUUCCUCAUUUUUGGCCGCUUGCAUGCAUGUCCACUUUCUGUUCGGUUUCGGACAGCUUCCUUGGAUGAAGUCAAGGUCUAUGGUGGUUUCCCUACAUUGUUGACUGGAGGCAUGUGUGCAUUGCUUUUCCUUCCGUAUCCAAGAGGCAGUUUUCAAACUGAUAACACCCCCGUGUGACUCUUGACGCUCGGUCAGACUUCAUUUCCCCGCCAAGGUGUCCCACUGCUCUGUUUACUUUGGCUUGGUUCACAUGUUGGCCUGAGUUUACAAACUAGCAGUGAGUGAAAGUUGCUGUCAUUUUCUUCCUUCCGACUACAUUACUGACUACAAUAAAAUUUCAGCAAAUA